AUGGAUGCUACAAAAUUAAAGAUAUCUGAGGUCCAACUCGAGGCUGCUGCACUGUCUGCUCUGCUUGCAUCUGGUUCUCACACCAACGAAGAUAUUUUCGCCAUGAAGUUGCUGUCGAAGAUUCUGGUUCUCGCCGUGGUCGCUUCCUGCCUGGUGGCCCUGGCCAGCGCCAUGCCCGACCCCUACGCCUUGGCUGACGCCGACCCCGAAGCUGUCCCUGACGCUGGUGCUAACGCUGACGCUAAGGCCGGCCCCCACUUCGGAUUCAGACCUUUCGGAUUCGGAGGACUCGGAGGAUUCGGAGGAUUCGGAGGGUUCAGGAGGCCUUUCGGCUUGGGCUAUGGGGGAUUCCGAGGCGGACGGUUCGGUCGCUUCGGCCACGGUCACUUCUGGUAGAAUCCCCCGCUCCUGACACUCGGGCGUUGACGAGUCCUUGGGCAACGUGGCCUUUUCAACCCCGAUUUCCGUUGUCAAAGGAGUCUUGAAUAAAUUUUGGUUAGAUGAAGAGAA